CCCACACCCGAAGCCCCGUCCACCACCCCAAAAUUUCCCCUUCCUUCGUUGGCGCGAUUCCUUCCCGCUUGUGAGCUCGGCGAAAUGCCGCAAUGGCGCACCUGCCUCUUCCUCCUCCUUGCACUUCUUGGUUUCAUGAGUUCCCACCCACUCCUUAUCAUGUUCCCUCCUCCGGACCUCCUCUUCGCAGAGGUUUUCCUGAUGCUCGUCCUCGCCGCAGCCGGAGACUGCGGGCGCUGCGUCGCCGAUAGGCGGCGGAAGCGGCGGCGCGCGCGACACACUCCAGCGCGCGCCUCCGCUACAGGCCCUGGACGUCCAGCAGCGGGUCCAGGGCAACCGGCUCGAUCCUCUGCUGGGGAUGGUCGCCGUCUCCUCCUGCGGCUGCAUCAACACGCGCCGCAUCGACGACCUCCUCCCGCUCCUGCUCCCCUGCGUGGGCGAGCAAACCUCCGACCCCCGAAUCUCUUCGGCUUCCUCCCGCGCCCGCUCCGACGGCGCAGCCGCGGACGCGGAGGAGAACGAGCCCGAGGCGUCCGCGGGGAGGAGCACGCAGGUGCUGCUCGCCGCGGCAGCAAGUGGCGGGCGCGGCGGCCCCUACGGCCGCCGCCCCCGUCGUCCUCCCAUGGAAGCUGCGCCCCCUGGAACGCCGGCCCCCUCAUCGCGCACCGCCCGGCGACCCCGUCGCCCGUAUGCUGCCCCGUCGUCGCGUCACAGCAGGAACAAGAGCAAGGGAGGUUACCAAUGAGAGCCACUGAUGCUGUCAAUGAAUGGAGAUUGCCUAAAGUAAGUGAAGAGGAAGAUGACGCAGUAGAUCAGAAGGACUGUCAGGAUGAUACUAUGUCAUGUAGUGUGUCCUCAGCUCGUGAUUGGAACUUCUGGUCUGAUAGUGUCUAUGAGGGCCCUGCGAUGAAACAUAAGGAAAAUGCUGUCCACGCCAAGUUGGUUGCCUGGAAGGAUUCACAGAUUGUAAAGCUCAUAUACAAAGCACUUAUGAUAUUACUUCAAUCAACUAGGCUGAAUCAGAAAGAUCGAUGGCAGAAGAACAAGAUUGCACGGCCAGGGAUCAGGGAUGAGCUUACAGAAACUGAGGAACAAGAGCAAGGGAGGUUACCAACGAGAGAGGACUUGGUCAAGUGUUUCUCUAUGCCACGAAACAUCCGACUACAGACUCCCAGGCACCCUUCUCUGCUGGAUAUGAGAGUUGACGGAUCCAAUAGAGGGCCUCCAAAAUUCGUCCACAAGGCCACGCCAGCUAGAUUGAUGCGCCGAGCUCGCUCCUCACAUAAUUACCAUGGGAAGCGCAUGGAAGCAAUUACCGAAAAAGGCUUUCGCCCCGCUUUAUAUAUAAAGCAUCAAACCACAAGCAUUCAGUACAAACACACGCUAUGCCACCGCAACACACGCACACACCCAGGACAGGAUACAUAGGCGCUGAGCGCAGCAACACCACUCCUAGCACUACCGCCCCGAAGAGAUGAAGCUACAUAUGACGAACCAUACGCUCCAAGGCGGCGCCUUCAGGAAGGGUACGACGCCGGAGCGCCGCCACCGCCCGAUCCAAGGAUCAGAGUUUCCCCCAGAGUUCUCGGCAGCAAAUCCUCUAACCAAAUACCAGUAGCUUAGACUUAAAAA